AUGAGAUCGAGGAAACAAGGCUGCGCGAAAAGUUUGGUGUGGGGCAACGAAACACUCGGAGGCGAUAGAGAAUUGCUGGUCAAGAAGUGGCUGCCUGGUUGCAGUUUGCAGGCUGUGCUGGGUGACUUUGACAAUGUGCGUGACGCAGACUGCACUAUAACGACUGCGGUAGGAGUGACUCGCAAAUACGAAGCACCCGAGAUAUGUAGCGGAUUGGUGAGCAGAUUUGCCAAGAGUGCAGAUGUAUAUUCACUCGGCCUGGUGCUGGAAGAACUAUUCAGUGGUGUGAGUGUUUCUGAUACUUUAACGGCAGCGACGGACACGGCAGUCACCACACUCGUUGUUCAAAUGACUCGAAAGCGACCAACUGAGCGUCUAACACUGUGUGAAGUGACAGCUAUGUCAAUUUUUAUUGAUCUGCAAAGUACUCGACUGUGUGGAAUUUUCUGUGAGGCAUAUGUUGCAGCGGAGAGUCUAGUGUGUCGCAAUGGGCACGUGACAUGCAACGGCUGUGUGAACGACUGGUUGCGGUUUGACCUGACUAACUCGAGCUUCAUCACGCGGAAUGCUGGACUACUACCAUGA